AUGCUCGUAGCCUCUCGCAGAUUACUGUUACUAACACUACCUGAACUGAGCGGACAAGAACAUAAUCUGCGUAAUUUUAGGCGUGUUGUGUUGUAUAAAAGGGACAGAAAGUGUCCAAUUUGCGACCUGAAAGUUCAUCAAGCAGUACCUGAUUGGGAAUCUGACAUUUGUGAACACGCUUGGCGCUACAUUCAUGGGUUUUCACAAACAAUUAAAUGUGGACUCUACUAUUAUAUGAAAUUUACCAAUUACCAAUCAUUAAGGGACGAACAACGCAAGUUACUCAACAAAAACUCAAUUAACACAAUUAGUGACACCAAUAAUUCUCUUAUUGGCACUAAUAUCACAACCAGUAGCGAUAAUUCUACCGAAAAUUUGGAAAAAUCCACAGAUAUUUAA